GUACUAAGCGGCUGUAUUUUAGCAAUUUUACACAGGAGGUGGACAACUAGUAACCGCCGCGUCUCUUGGAUACAAACAGAAGGGGGAGGGCCGUUAGCGCAUGCCCAGUGCGGCCCUUGUGAAAGGCGUCCUGUUGUCUAGGAGACGGCUGUACACAGGCAGUGUGCUAGCUCCAGUGUGCAGCAGUUUGGCGAUCGGCUCCAGUCACCAUGAUCCCCCCGGCAGAUUCCCUCCUCAAGUAUGACAACCCGGUGCUGAUCAGCAGGAACACGGAGAGGAGAUCACCCAAGUCCCGUGCUCUGAAAGCCAUUCCUCAGCAAACUAUUACAUCUUCUCCUGUACCACCACCUCCAAAGUCAAAAUCCCCUCCUCUAGAUGCUUCUAAGCCAGCAGAAGAAAUUUUAAAUGCCAUCCUACCACCCAGAGAAUGGAUGGAGAACAAUCAGUUGUGGAUCCAGCAGGUGUCAAGCACGCCCAGUACGCGGAUAGAUGUCGUCCAUUUACAGGAAGAGCUGGAUGUGAAAUUACAGCAAAGACAAGCUCGGGAGACUGGGAUCUGUCCUGUGCGCAGAGAGCUCUAUUCACAGUGCUUUGAUGAGCUUAUCAGACAGGUGACCAUCAACUGUGCCGAGCGGGGUGUCUUACUGCUGAGGGUGCGUGAUGAAAUACACAUGACCAUCUCUGCAUACCAGACGCUAUAUGAAAGCAGCGUGGCUUUUGGGAUGAGGAAGGCGUUACAGGCAGAACAAGGCAAAUCAGACAUAGAGAAAAGGAUUGCAGAAUUAGAGCAGGAGAAGAAAGAUCUUGAGAGGCAGGUUAAUGAACAGAAAGCCAAGUGCGAGGCCGUUGAGAAACGGGAGGCAGAGAGGCGGCAGGUAGAAGAGAAGAAGCAUGCUGAGGAAAUACAAUUCCUGAAACGGACCAACCAGCAGUUGAAGGCACAGCUCGAAGGAAUUAUUGCGCCCAAGAAGUAACAUCUGCUGACGAGAUGUGUCUGCAGUCUGGAUUCGAUGCUAGUGCUAAUGCCAAGAAACUAAUAUUUGUACCUCUGGGUCACAUUUCUAAUUAUAUUUGGCUUUUAUAUAAAUAUUAAAACGCCCCCUGACAAGAAGAAUGUUAGGACAUCGCUCAUCCUAUAAUGAAACACCUCAAUAUAUUCAAUAUCCAAGUUCUUUUGAUGGUAAAAUUGUUCUAACCUCUUUCCAAGUAUUGUAUAUUGUGGGUUCUCACAUGACAGCGUUCUGUUGGACAGAGUUUAAAACAGAUUUCUGGCAUGUAACGUGCGCCAGUCCGAUAUCCAAACUACUACAGUACAAUGUCCGUGAUGGCUGGAACAGACAA